AUGAAGAAGGCUUCAUCCUCAGUUCAGAUACAACCCCCUACUUAUGGAAAUCUGAUCACAAUUCUGAGCAUUGAUGGGGGUGGUAUUAGAGGAAUUAUUCCUGCCACUAUCCUUGAAUAUCUUGAAUCUCAACUUCAGGUGCUUGACGGUGAGAAUGCUAGACUUGCAGAUUACUUUGACGUAAUUGCUGGAACGAGCACGGGAGGUCUAGUAACUGCCAUGUUAACAGCUCCUAACAAAAAUAAUCGUCCGUUGUUUGCAGCUAAAGAUAUCAAACCCUUUUAUCUCGAGCACUCCUCUGGAAUUUUUCCUCAAAAUAAUGGCUUACCGGGAUUGGUCGGAAAACUGUUGAAACCUCUAGUUGGACCAAAGUACGAUGGAGAGUACCUUCACAAUGUUAUCAGGGAGAGACUAGGCGAGACUCGACUGGAUGAGACAUUAACUAAUGUUGUCAUUCCAACAUUUGACAUCGAAAAUUUGCAACCUAUUGUUUUCUCCACAUAUCAGGCCAUAAGGACGCCAACGUUGGAUGCUCGACUCUCAGAUAUAUGCAUUGGCACAUCUGCAGCUCCAACUUAUCUUCCUGCAUAUUAUUUCAAGAACCAAUAUAAACAAGGCGAUGUACGAGAGUUCAACCUCAUAGACGGUGGUGUUGCUGCCAAUAAUCCGGUAAACUAA